GUAGGUGUAAUCAACAACCAGAAAAUCGUUCAAGUAGUGCCCUUCGAUGAUCACGUAGGCAUCUUUCAAUAUUUCAGGGUCCACUGCACGGCACAGGCCCCGCCUCCUUAUAGCUUAAUCUCUCUAAUUUCAUCGACAGCAGUGGGAUUCCGGCCCCGCCUAAGGAGGCCGCCACUUCAGGUGCCAGUUCAAUGGGCUGCCUAAUGCAUCCGAAGCGUCUACAUUCAGCACCUCCCAGCCUACAAACGGGACAUAUCCAGGUACACUGGCGGGGUCUCGAAAAGGGAAGGGCACUAUAAAGUUGGGUACAUGCCUACCUACCUACCUAGCAUACACGACAUACACGCAUACAAACGUGGGUACCUACGUACUAUAGUAACACAGCACACCUGCCCCUGCUUGCCUCACCUGACAUACCGUACCUACCCCCUCCUAUUCGGAGCUCGGGCGGUCACCUACCUUUCUGGGUAAUCCGGCAAGAAAUCCAGUCCCGUAAGCAAGCCAUGGCCUCCGAGGGUCACCCCGAUGGAAGUCAGCAUCGCCAGGCAGGAUCGUGCGUAUUGUUCCAGAGCCCAGAUCAAUCUAUCGUUUUGAUCGACGUUCCACGCUCCAUCGAAGAGGCACAAGUGUUACCUGGGCAGGCCGUCAGGAGGCGCCUCAUUUCGUCUAGCCCAAUCGACACGCCAUGGGAAACACCAGAGCCCCGGAAAUCAGGUGCGCCGGCGCACUUGACGUCACCGUCUGCCGCAGUAGCCGAGCUGAUGACUCUCGAAAGCGCCCGGGCGGCGCUCCGCCGGGCCCGCCUGAAUUAUCGAGGACCAUGGUGCUUACCUCGCGUGAUUAAUGGCACAGGCAAAUUGCCAGACGGCGAUGAUGGCGAGCCGCACCAGGAAGAAUCGCGCAAGAGGAAGCGGCCUGUCUCUCCAGCCACUGACGCCGUUUCCGCCGCCGUGCCGCCUCUCAUCCCAGACCAGUCUCGCUAUCUACUGGGAAGCGUGCGGUCGCAGAGGGAGGCCUUCCUAGCAGAUGCCCCCGCAUUCGAUCUCGUCGUGCUCGACCCUCCGUGGCCGAGCAGAUCCGUGAAGCGGAAGCAGAACAGCUACGCGACCGCGUACGGCGUCCGGGAAGCUGGAGAUCUGUUGGCGCAGAUACCGGUCGCGUCGCGCCUAAAGCCAGAGGGCCUCGUGGCUGUCUGGGUUACCAAUAAGACGGCCGUGGCUGAUCUGCUCACGUCUCCUGGGGGCAUAUUCUCGCGGUGGGACGUCGAGUCCGUCGGGGAAUGGGUUUGGCUGAAGAUCACAAGGACCGGAGAUCCCAUCGUCGAUUUGGAGGCGCAAUGGAGGAAACCCUGGGAGCGGUUGUUGCUGGCUAGGAGAAAAAACCACCUGCCAAAAGCGCCCAUCCCGACCAAAGUGAUCCUAGCGGUUCCCGACGUGCACUCGAGGAAGCCGAAUCUGAGGCUCUUGUUCAAGGACAUAUUACCGGAAAACUACAACGGACUCGAAGUAUUUGCGCGAAACCUUACCGCGGGUUGGUGGAGCUGGGGAGACGAGGUUCUCCGCUUCCAACAACAGCAUCACUGGGUGGAGGCUAUCGGAUAGUCCAUAGGGUGGGCGAAUAGACACGCAAUUGCCGUCCCUCCUGCUUUCAUAAUGCAUGUUAUACAUAGUCCUGAAUUUUUUUCUCUCUCCUAGUCCUACAGUUAUCUCUUACUAACGUUGCCUACUCAAGGCCUCCGGCAUAGUUUCCCACCCGUCUUCCACCGCUAUUUCUAGCGAGGGGCGAUAUUAACCCAUUGCCCCUAUCUCUCUUCUUGCUCAUCUCUCUUCUUCCAUCUUUUCUUCUCCUUCUUCCGCUUCUCCCCCCCAGGCUGCCCCUGGUCCUGGCUAUCGCCUGCGUCUAGUGCCUGUCCCUUCGCGAACUUGGGGUCGAG